AUGACGUGGUGGUGCGCAUGCGCAUCUGCAGUGGGCGGAGUUUCCAGUCGGCCAGGAAGAGAAGAAAGGCGGACACAGAAACAUCAAGCGAUGGCAGCCAUCAGGAAGAAGUUGGUGAUAGUUGGGGACGGUGCAUGUGGAAAGACCUGUCUGCUCAUCGUCUUCAGUAAGGACCAGUUCCCUGAGGUCUAUGUCCCCACUGUGUUUGAGAACUAUGUGGCCGAUAUCGAAGUGGAUGGGAAACAGGUGGAGUUAGCACUGUGGGACACAGCAGGUCAGGAAGACUACGACAGGCUGAGACCUCUCUCCUACCCUGAUACUGAUGUCAUCCUCAUGUGCUUCUCUGUAGAUAGCCCUGACAGUUUAGAGAAUAUUCCAGAAAAGUGGACACCCGAGGUGAAACACUUCUGUCCAAAUGUCCCCAUCAUCCUUGUAGGCAACAAAAAAGAUCUCCGUAACGAUGAGCACACCAGGCGAGAACUUGCCAAAAUGAAACAAGAACCAGUUAAAGGUGAGGACGGAAAAGAGAUGGCAAACCGCAUCAGUGCCUAUGGCUACCAAGAGUGUUCUGCCAAAACCAAAGAUGGUGUGAGGGAAGUCUUUGAGAUGGCAACUAGGGCAGCACUGCAGGCCAAGAAACGUGGGAAGAAGUCCACCUGCCUUCUCUUAUAGGCUUAUGGAGAAUAAUUAACUGCCCUCAAGCACAAACUGGGAGGGCAGCUUCACUUUAAGAUUUGACAGAGGGGAGAAUAUUGGGGAGAGCCCAGAAAAGUUAUGUGGAUGCCCAAUUUUUGAUUCCCUAGUAACCCGCAGCAUUUUGAAUGCAGAUCUGAAAUAAUUUGAUAGGCUUCUUCACCAUGAUCCUGCAUUUCUUUGUUGGGGUCAUGUGCCAUUUUGCUUACGUCUAUUAAAAACUUUCAAAUCUAGAGGUCUAUGGGCCAAGUGUCUGGGUCUUUUGAAGUUGAGUAGAUGCAAACAGGGGUUAAAUUGUGCCAUGAUGGGAAUGAUGAGUAUAAGGGUCCUUAACAGGCCAAAGACAAUGGGAAUAUGACCGGAGGCAAUGGGGUGGGUGUUUCUAAAACAAACAUUUUUUUGUUUUGUUUUUUAGAUGAGUAUGAACUAAGACCGUGUUGAAGUAUAUCUUACACAGUAUCGCCUCUAUGUUGUGCCUUGAGAGCAGUGGUUCAGGAAGAGUUGGUUGAGGGGUAGGGAUUCAUAACUCUGAUGGGGUAUUACAUAUUUUUAGUGUCCUCCCGUCAUGUCUGUGAAUGCUUUCUGUGUCCUUGGUGUGGCCCGUUCUGGCCCAUAUUCUGACUCAGGCGCAGCAGAGGGGUAUGUCUAAAUUUGUAUGAGAGGUUUCCCAUACUGAAUAACUUACCUGUACUUUUGGUGUGUAUGUGCGUGUCGUAUGUGGUUUCUCCAGUGCAGGUCUGCAUGCAAUGAUUGUGUGUGUGUGUACCUUGUGUUUAUGUACUGUAUGCAUGGACGGGCCUUCUGCAUUAACAACUUCAACCCCGUUUCCUUGCCAAAGUUACCCUCGGUCACAUUUUAUGGCCUGAGCAGGUAAUGGAAUUAUCGGCUACUCUGAGUGACAUCACUUUUCUGGAAGACAUUGCUAGAGGCACAAUCAGGUUUGAAAAAAAUAGUUUUUAGGAUCUUUGUUGUGUAUACCAGACAUUUAAUUGUUAAAUCUGUGGGUCAACCAUUCUUUGUGUAAUUGAUAAUUGACUUUGCUUUCAGAUGGAUGAUGACUAUGACGUUUUCGUACUGUAUGUCAUACAAGGCCUUGUAAGGACAUGCUAAUCAAUGCAUAUUUCAAGUUUGCCUUUCAGUCAACUCUCCCCAGCUUCCCUUUAAUGCUAGUUUCAUUAUUGUUGUAGGACUUUUAUUGUUGAAUUUUCAUACUAUAUCAUUUUUACUUAAUCCUGCUGUUUUGGUCAUAUCAGUGAAAUGAUAAUCUGUAACCAUAGUAAUGUACAUUGUUAAUUGAAGGUGAGGUUUUCGGGUUUAAAGCUUGAGGGUUUUGGGCGUGGGGUGUCUUUUUUUUUUUGUACUGUGACAACUUGGAUUUCUGACUUUCUUUUUCCUUCAACUAAAGAGGGUUUGAGGGUUUCCUGUUUUAAAGUGUACGUGUAUUCCGUUUAUUGCCGCAGAUAAUUGCAAAUCCCGUUUGUAUCGUACAUUUUUUUGCAAUAAAAAUAGGCAUAAACCCUCAAA